AUGGCAACAGCGAAUGUACUCUCGCUCUUCUCGUUGCAGGGCAAGGCUGCCUUGGUGACUGGGGGAUCCAGGGGCAUCGGGCGAGCGAUGGCCGUCGGCCUCGCAGAAGCUGGCGCAGACAUUAUACUGGUUCAACGAGACGCCAGUAACACGCAGACACGAGACGAGAUAUUGCAAAGGACAGCGGGCAAGUCAAAAGUGACCAUCCAUGCGGCUGACUUGUCCGACCGGGCUGCGGUGGCAGCGAUAGUCACCAGCGUAACCGGAGAUGGCACAGCGGUAGAUAUCCUGUUGAACUGUGCCGGCAUUCAGCGGCGACACCCAAGCGAGGCGUUCCCGGACCAAGACUGGGAUGAGGUCCUGGAAGUGAAUCUGUCGGCGGUAUUCACGCUCUGCCGCGAGUUUGGGGCCUACCUGCUCUCGCGCGGUGCCUCCGGAUCGAUCAUCAAUAUGGGCUCUCUGCUCUCGUACCAAGGGGGCAUCACCGUCCCCGCCUACGCAGCAUCCAAAGGGGGCAUCGCCCAACUCACCAAGGCGCUCUCGAACGAGUGGGCGGCCAAGGGCAUCCGGGUCAACGCCAUCGCACCAGGCUACGUCGACACGGACAUGAACACGGCACUCAUCCAGGAUCCGGUGCGGAGCGAGUCGAUUUCGGCUAGGAUUCCGGCCGGACGGUGGGGGAAGCCGGAAGAUUUCAAGGGCAUCGCCGUGUUUCUGGCCAGCGAUGCCAGCGCUUAUGUCUCAGGAGAAAUGGUCAACGUCGACGGCGGUUGGAUGGGCAGAUAG